AUGUCAAAAGGAUAAGUUAAAGAAAGCUUAAUAAAAAAAAAUCAAAACCCUGCACCAUCAAUUUAAAAUAAAUAAAGCACUAGCAAUAGGGGUAGCACUGCGAAAGUAUUUGCCCAUAGCUUAAUUAUUAUUUUUAUGCUGCUUCAAUGGGCAGGAAUAUUACUACACUUACCAAAAGAAUAUAACUAUAUUACAAAACCUUCUGUUGUAUUGAUUAUGUUUAUUUAUACUCUGUUCUAGCCACACUACGGCGCAAAAGCAUUUAAGUAAUUCAUGGCUAUAGGAUUCAUUUUCUCUGCUCUUGGUGAUAUUUUCCUUAUGUUUGAUGGAUAAUAAUUUUUCUUUUAUGGUUUAGGAAGUUUUGCUACUGCUCAUAUUGCUUUUUUGGUAGGCUUUUUGGAAAACUCUUCUUUUGACACAAACUAAUUUGUAAACUUUUCAGUUCCAAUUGCUGUUUUGCUUUUUGGCUAUGGAUACUACAUGUUUAUUUUUUUGACUUCAUAAACAGGAUUUCCUGAAAAGUUGAAAACUCCUGUAUUAGUUUAUGUCAUACUCAUUUCAGUAAUGUGCUUUGCUUCUUCAAUGAGAGAUAAGACUUCCCCUAAAAGCUAUUACUUAGCUUUCAUUGGAGCCAUCUUUUUUGUUUGCUCUGAUAGCAUACUCUCCCUUAACAUGUUUAUCCCAGGCUUUAAAUCAACAAUUAUGCAAUUUGCUGUCAUGUUCACUUACUAUAUUGCAGAAUAUUUAAUCUUUGUUGCUUCUCUUACUCACUAUAGCUACUUUAAAAACCGCGAACAUGAAAAGAAAGAUUGA